GAUUCAUUCGUAAAGGCUUCGGGAACAAAAUUCACCUUAGACAAUCAGCCAUUUUAUUUUGAAGGAAGUAACGCAUACUACUUGAUGACUGCCAGUCAGCAGCAAGUUCAAGAUGUAUAUACUGCCGCCAAGCAGCUUCAUCUUCCAGUUAUGCGCACUUGGAUAUUCAAUUUGGGAACCAACUCUGUCUGGUUUCAGCAAUGGAAUUCUGCCACAAAGACUAUGACUAUCAAUGAUGAUGCUACCACUGGUCUCGGCAGAAUGGAUUAUGUUAUUCAACAAGCUCAAGCUGCCGGUAUUAAGCUCAUCCUUACGUUGACUAACAACUGGUCUGACUAUGGUGGUAUGGAUUACUAUACUACCAACUUUGGCGGCACUUACCAUGACCAAUUCUACACUCAAGCCAACAUUACUGCUUCUUAUAAGGCAUAUAUUAGUCACGUCUUGAACCGUAAUAACACCUUGACAGGUGUCCUUUACAAGAAUGACCCAACUAUCUUUGGAUGGGAAUUGGCUAACGAACCUCGCUGCGGAGGUUCUGGCGGUAUUCCUGCUUCUUCUUCUUGCAACACCAACGUUAUUUACAACUGGGUCAACGAUAUUAGCUCUUACAUCAAGUCUAUUGACACUAACCACUUGGUUGCCGUUGGAGACGAAGGUUUCUUCAACCAUACUGGCACUUAUGAAUACGUCUAUGACGGUGGCCCGGGUGUUGACUUUGAUGCAAACUUGAAGCUCCCUUCUAUCGACUUUGGUACCUUCCAUUUGUACCCAGAGGGUUGGGGCUAUGGAACCAAUGAUACAUGGGUGUUGCAAUGGAUUAGUGACCAUGUUGCUUCUCAAAACGCCAUUGGAAAACCUGUUAUUUUGGAAGAAUACGGUAUGAGCACCGAUGCUCUCAGAGCUGCCCACUACCCUAUCUGGCAUAGUCUUAUGGAAAGCAGCGGUUUAGCUGCUGAUGCAUUCUGGGAACUUGGUAUCUCAUCUCAAGCUGGU